AUGGCUUCAGCUUCAAUACCCGAACUGGCCUCAAGAUCCCUUGAAUUCAGCUAUAAAGACAAGCAUUCCUUCAUGGAUUCCUCUUCAAAACUUGUUGUAUUUAAGAAUCAACGGUGGAUGUUUCCAAAGACUGUGGCAGAGUCAUAUGCAGGUAUUGUGUCUUUCUCCAUCGAAAAUCAAGUCUUCAUUAAUCGUAUACUCUGUUGUGAAUUAUAUUACGAUAGUGUCUUGGCUUUUGGGUACAACCAAAGUUUUGUAAUAAAUUAUUUUGAUUAUCAGGCCCCCUCUCAUUUAAAAGAGUUGCAUAUUGGUAAAACUUUUCUGGAAGAGUUUCCAGAUUUGUCGGGAAAAUCAAAUAAUAUGGAAAAGGUAGUUUUACAUGCUAAGGAAUUUCACAUGGAUAUUUGGUCUUUAUUGGGAUCUCUAGGAAUGAAUCUCCAUAGUUUAAAUGUGAUGGGCUCGGAAUUAACAGGGGACCUGGCAUCCAGUGAUACUUCAGACAGGACUACUUUUAAGUCCUUAGUUAUCUAUGAUUUCAAACUACCUUGGGAGAUGGAAGUGGUUUUGACUAAUGAGGGGUGGUCUAGAACAAUAAUGAGUGGAGUCGAAAGUUUUGAGAUUAAAGGCCGUAAUCUUGUAACGAAGAUUUUAAUUACUGGCAAUUGCUGUCAACGUCUACAAUCUCUCAAAAUUUCUAAAAUGGAAGAUCUUAUUGAAGUGGAUUUGGCAAGGAUAAGGACAUUGAAUUUUCUUGAGAUUGCAGACUGUAAAAAAUUGAAAAGAUUGUCACUAACACCUGAUCUUUCAAAGCUUUUAGAAUUGAAUACUGUGUUUUGUUCAAAUUUGGAGAGAGUGUCAGGGAUACCAGAUCUUACAAAACUAAUAUGCUUGUACAUCAAAGGUUGUCCUGAGCUUGAGGAGCUGCCAAGUCUUGCCAGACUCAGCUGCUUGGAGCAAAUUGAGAUUCACUCCUGUAAGAAGCUAGAGAAUAUUACGUUGCCAAUGGCUGCCACCAGGUUGGAGAAAAUUGAGACUUACUCCUGUAAGAAGCUGGAGAAUAUUGCGUUGCCAAUGGCAGCGACCAGGCUGUCUAUAACAAGUUGUAGAGAUUUGCAAAGAGUUGAUAUUACAAAGCUUACAAAGUUGUACAUUUAUAAUUGUUCUCAGCUUGAGGAGUUGUCAAGUCUUUCCAGAGUGAGCUGCUUGGAGCAAAUUUAUAUUUAUUUCUGUAAGAAGCUAAAGAAUAUUAGCUUCCCAACAUCAGUCGUCGACCUGGAUGUACAAACAUGCAAAGAUUUGCAAAGAGUAGCAGGUACUGGUGAGCUUACAAAGCUUACGAGGCUGAUUAUUGCACACUGCCCUAAGCUUGAGGAGUUGCCAAUACUUCCCAGAGUGAGUUGCUUGAAGCAAAUUGAGAUUUCCUCCUGUGAGAUGGUAAGGAACAUUACAUUGCCAACAACAGUCAUCGAGUUGUGUGUACAAAUGUGCAGAGAUUUGCAAAGAAUAGCAGGAACUGGCGAUCUUACAAAGCUUACACGGCUGAUUAUUGCACAUUGUCCUAUGCUUGAAGAGUUGCCAAGUCUUUGCAGAGUGAGCUGUUUGGAGCAAAUUGUGAUUGACUCUUGUGGGAAGCUAAAUAACAUUACAUUGUCAACAAUAGUAAUCAAGCUGUCUGUACAAACCUGCAGAGAUUUGCAAAGAGUAGCAGGAACUGGUGAUCUUCCAAAGCAGUACAUUAAUGAUUGUUCUCAGCUUGAGGAGUUACCAAGUCCUUCCAGAGCGAGUUGCUUGGAGAAAAUAGAGAUUGACUGCUGUGAAAAGCUAGAGAACAUUACAUUGCCAACGACACUCAUCAGCCUGUCUGCACGAAGUUGCAUAGGUUUGCAAAGAGUAGCAGCUACCGGUGAUCUUACAAAUCUGACACGGCUGAUUAUUGCAUACUGCCCUAAGCUUGAAGAGUUGCCAAGUCUUUGCAGAGUGAGCUGUAUGGAGCAAAUUGUGAUUGACUCUUGUGGGAAGCUAAAGAACAUUACAUUGCCAACAACACUCACUAGCCUGUCUGCACGAAGAUGCAGAGAUUUGCAAAGAGUAGCAGUUACGGGGGAUCUUAUAAUGCUUACAAGGAUGAUUAUAGAAGAGUGUCCUGAGUUGGAGGAAUUGCCAAGUCUUUGCAGGGUUAGCUGCUUGGAGAAAAUUGUCAUUGACUCUUGUGGGAAGCUAAAGAACAUUAUAUUGCCAGCGACACUCGUCAGCCUGUUUGUACGAAGAUGCAGAUGUUUGCAAAGAAUAGUAGUUACCGGUGAUCUUACAAAGCUUACACUGUUGUACAUUGAAAAGUGCCCUGAGCUUGAGGAGUUGCCAAGUCUUUGCAGAGUCGGCUGCCUGGAACAAAUUGGAAUUAGCUUCUGUGAGAAGAUAGAGACCAUUGAAUUGCCAACAACACUCAUCAGCGUGUGUGUACGAAGUUGCAGAGGUUUGCAAAGAGUAGCAGUUGCCGGUGAUCUUACAAACCUUACACAGAUGAUUAUUGCACACUGCCCUAAUCUUGAGGAGUUGCCAAAUCUUGGCAGAGGGAGCAGUUUGGAGAAAAUAGAGAUCGACUCGUGUGAGAAGCUAGAGAACAUUAUAUUGCCAAAAGCACUCAUCAGCCUCUCUGCACAAAGAUGCAGAGAUUUGCAAAGAGUAGCAGUUACCGGUGAUCUGACAAAGCUUACAGAGCUGAUUAUCGCACAGUGCCCUAAGCUUGAGGAUUUGCCAAGUCUUUGCAAAGUCAGCUGCCUGGAGAAAAUUGUCAUUGACUCCUGUGGGAAGCUGCAGAAAGUACCAGAGUUGCAUGCAUCAGAAUAUAUGAAACUUCGUUAUUGCAGUAACACAGUUAUACGGAAUUGCAUUCAUAAUUUGAAGAGUGUACCACAGAAAAUGGAUAUGAUUGGAAGAGCAGUGGAUGGAGCGGUGUUAAGAUUUAAUCAAAAUAUGUUUUGUGAUGCCAACAUUGGCAUUGAUCGAGUGAUUGAAAUUGGUGCUCUAGAGGAAACAUAUCUUCCAAAGCGGUUAGAGUUGAUUGCAGUUAUUGCAUGCUUUAUCGUUAUGGUCGACGGCUGUCCUUUGGUGGGGGAUAUAAAUGAAUCACUUUCACAGUACAAAGACUCUAGUUUUGAUUAUCAUCUUAACAUGACGUGCCAAGGAGAAUGGAUAAUUACAAUGCUGGAAUAUGAUAAAUGGAGUUACCAUUGGUAUUACAAGAAGAUUCAAGAUAUAUUAGGGAGAAAUGUAAUAAUGAAGAAGGGGAUUUGUGUAGACGUGAAGAAUGGUGAAGAGUAUAGAAAAGUGUUGCAUAUAAUUGUUGAUACAUUAUAUUCUUUAUAA